UGCGGCCAUCGAUAUCUUGAAUGAGUUUGUGCUGCGAGGACGUCACCCAUGGCAUCUUCGCAGAAUGUCUCUGCUGCAUUACUGGGAGACUCAGCGCUCCGUGAAGCGCAGGAGGACGUCUGAAAAGGAUACCGAGCUCGAAUCCAGUCUUAGCGAGAAGCAACCACCGAGUCCGAGUUCCUCCUCCGGUGUAGCUGAUACGUCUACUCCCGUGCCUAUUGCGGAGGAUCUGGGUGCACAUAUCCCCAGCAGUCAGACGGAAUUGGAGACUUCACUGCCUGUGAUUCAGACCGACGAAGACGCAAUUAAGGCCUACGAGGCUAGUCAAACCGAGCAGGAUGCUGAGACUGAACAGGGAUUGCAUGUGAGAUUGAGAGACGGGGUAUGGCAGCGGGGGAAGAGUUCGAUUUAUGUGGAUGCGUUCAAUUUGGCACUGGAGACGGUGCUGGAUGAGGAGUCGCAUUUGUUUAAUGAGGCUGAGAUGGAGGUCUUUCAACAGUGGAAGAAUCUGUCUUAUGAGUCGCAAUAUCUGUAUGUACGGCUUUUCCUUCGCAAAACCUCUGCCUGGCACCGUAUCAAUCGAUUGGGCUAUUACUCCGAUAUCUCGGACUUGUCCGCGGUAGCUACUGAUCUCCAGCGAGAUCGCAUACUACCGAAGAACGAGGACCAAGAUAUAAGCGAUCUAGACUUUGGAAACAAUUUUCGGUUCGCCGACGGCACACAGGAGAUUACCACGCUGGAAGAAGCAUCGUCCCUCCUGUUACUUGACGAACUGAAGGGUUUCGCGAAAGAAGUCAAGGCCCAGGGGAAGAACAAGAAAGAGCUGCUGGCAGCUCUGUGCGAGACUAGUCAAUCACAGACCGGACUCGGGUUCAAGGACGAGCCGGGCACGAACCAACCUGAUAAUCGGGAUGGUCAUUUUCUCCAGAAAAUCCUGGAUUACACAGGCCAGUGCAUUCGGAUCACGCCUGGACCACGAGCUCUCUUCGAGCGUGUACAUUUGGUAUUCUAUCGAUCUACCGAAUGGACAGAAAAGUCCUUGACGACUAUCAUCCUAGCAAAGAUAUCGCGGCGAAACUUCCCACAGUAUAUCGUGUGCCGAUCGAAUUCCAUAUUCUCGUCCAGAGCUGCCCUCCUGGAAUUCGAAUCUGCAAUCCGAACGCAAUUCGAGAUUGACAAUAUUCUAGAAUUCAACGGUCCUCCAACCACGGAGUCGCUACAGCGUAUCGUCGACUUGGCUGACAAGUUCUACCCGCGAUGGCGGGAACUCGUCGACGAAGAGCAGCGGAAAGAAGAUUCCAUCUAUGAAAGCGGCGAGGGCGCGUAUCUACGUCGUUUCUCUCCAGCAUGGGUAUACACCAGGAUCAUUCACAAAAGCCUCCACCCUCUCGGCCGCUUCAAAGAACACAAGCGCGAACACGACGUCCUCACCGAACUUCUCGGCCAACGCCUCUUUCACGCCGCUCGCCGCGGCGCCUGGUACCAACGUAAAGCCUUGCUAGAAGAACACUACAUGUGGGCUCUAACACCCGCCGAAGGGCGCAACGAGGAGAACCAGCGCAAAUUCUGGAAACGAGUUGCGCUGCGGACGUGCGAGGAGGGUCUCGAAGACCCACUAUGUCAUUUGAUAUACCAUUAUGAUCUCCAGAAACGGAUUACGAAGCUUGAGAAGGCGUUGAGGGUGGUUAAGCGGGAACAGCAUGAUUUCGGACAUGUCAUGUUGAGUAAACCUGCCGAACGGACGAUUGAGGGGAUUCGCAUUGAGCGGGACGAGGGGCCGAAGAAGGGCAAGGCUACUGUUUGGAUUGAUGAGAGGGAGGGUGGGGAGUGUCGAGUAGAGAGUAUGUGUUUGAGUUGGUAUCGGGAUCAUGGGUGGAAGGGGUAUCAUUCUGAGGGGGGCAUCGUUCGCACAUUGUUCGGCCUCCUCUUCUACGACAUCCUCUUCACCUACGUCCCCAACGUCUUCCAAACAGCCUUCCAAACAUGCCCCCUAGACCUCCAUACGGACGUAUUCUAUCCCUCCCGAGCCUCAGAAAUCAACCACCGCCUCGUUGAAAUCACCAACGGCGAUGCGGAGCGUCUCGUCCGCGAGAUCCAUGACCGCGAAUCGGCGACCCAGCCCUGCGCUAUCGGAAUAGACUGGUCCUUCGAGCUAGACGACCUUCUCGAGAUCGUGCAGAGUUUCCGUGGUGAAGCAUUGGCUACUAUAUGCAAGGUCAUGGCACAGGAGUAUCAGCAGCGUGGUGGUGGAAUUCCAGAUCUAUUUUUGUGGAAUGCAGAGAAGCAGACUGUUUUGUUUGCGGAGGUCAAGUCGGAAAAUGAUCGGCUGAGUGAUACCCAACGGUUGUGGAUUCAUAUUCUUCUUGGAGCUGGGGUGCAGGUUGAGCUUUGUAAUGCUGUCGCGAGGGAGGUGAGAACUGAUUGAUUGAAGGAUGGGGGGGUAAGGAUCAUGGUGCUGUGUCCUGCGUAUAGAUUCUGGAAUUGUACAUGAGGGCUCGCGAGCAAUAUACCCUUGGAUUUUACUACGUUAUACCGUCUACACUUUCUACAAGUUCUUACUUGGCGCAAAUCAAGGAAUAAAAAGACAUGGGUAUAACUCGUGAUAGUUCUUUUUUUUUUUAAUGGGCGGAUCUAGCACAUGUAGAAGAAAAGUAACCUCGAUAUCGCAUGCCAGAAACCGCUUUCCUUCACAGCUCCAUUCCCUGUCACCACAAUCAACCACGACUUCGCUUAUGCGACAAGGGUGGAGGCGGUGGCGCUCUCGUAGCGCCAGGUGGGGGGCAGGACACCGACGGUCUUGUAGUAGCGGGACAGACGGUGGAUACGGGACUCGAUCAGAAUGAGGCGGAACUUGGAGUCCUUGUCCUUGCGGUUGCGCUCGAGGUGCUUGCGGACAGCGACGGCCUGGUAGCAUUGGAUGUUAGCGGGUUUGAUUCGAGAAAGCGCAAAUGAUGCAGAGGACAGGGAAAACAAAAUUCAAGAGCACGCAUGUGCUUACCUUCUUGAUCAGGAAGUAAAGGUCCUCGGGGAGCUCGGGAGCGAGGCCUGUGUAUUCCAAAAUCUCUCUGUCAGUCUUGUUCUAGGACCAAGCAGAGGCUUAGCUGCUGGUGCAUUUCUGCAACCAGAGUAUGUGUAUAUCAAGAGGAAGUAUCGAGACGAUCGCAAUGUGAAAAAUUCAUCCCAGUUUCCCGAGACUUCCUUUUUAUGGAGAAAUUUUCGCAUGCGAUUGUGCUCGUCCUUCAUCCGAUUGAAGCGAUGAGGGGAGUGGCGAUUGGAGUCGUACCGUUG